AUGGCCGAGAUAAGGACAUUUCUAGGAAUGCGAAUGAGACAACAAAGGAAGUAUGACCUGUUUUCAAGCACUUACAAUCCGAGGUGGAGAGAUAAUCUAAACCUUAGCUAUAGGAAUAGACAACAGAACUUCCAGCCAAGAGUAAACUAUCAAAUUGCAAAAUCAGGAAAUGAAAUCGAGCAUACAGAAUUUAGAGAAUCAAAUGAGCUAACUUGCUACAUCAGUGAGCAAGCUGGAAUCUCAAGGAAAAUUGCCCUUUCAAACCGUGCUAAAUCCAAAAUAGAAUGCAAGCGCAAUUAUGCUGCGAAGUGUGAAGGAGUUAGAAUUUGCCAGCUUGAAGACGCUUGCCUAAGGCAGUAUGGCAAACCUGAUGGCAGAAGCAGAAAUAGAGAUUCCAGAAGAGAAACAGCCCCAAAAAUCAGAGGUAGAGCAGUCCCCAAUACAGUAACACGUCCUCCUUUUCCUGAAAGACUUGCACAAUCAAAAAGGUAUGCGAAAUUUCUAAAAGACCUUUGCACUGAUAAAAGAAAAUUGUAUGGGCAUGAAAAGAUUAAAGUAGGGGAGAAUGUGUCAGCUAAACUUCAAAGAAAGUUUCCACAAAAAUGUAAAGAUAAAUGCAUGUUUGCCAUAUCAUGUAAAGUUGAAAACCCUGAAGUCAAGAAGGCAAUGUAUGAUUUAGAAGCUUUCAUAAAUGUUAUGCCUCUGUCAAGUUAUUUAUCUUUGGAUGCAGGUCCUUUGAAACAAACAGGAAUCACACUUCAACUUGCCAAUAGAUCAAUAGUCUAUCCUAAAGGCGUGUUGGAGGAUGUUUUGGUCUAA